AUGUAUCCUUACAGGAAGCAAACUAGAAACACUAGAACACUUCCCGUAGGCUGGAGAUUUACAGAGGGCAGGCGUCCCUUUCACCAGGAGACUAUAUUUGACGAAGUGGUCGAAAUUCCACUUAGAGACGGAGUCAAGAUCUACUGUGACAUCUUCAGGCCUGUCACAGAUGCCAAAAUCCCGGCCAUUUUGGCCGUGAGCCCGUACGGUAAAAAUGGACACGGAUUUCGCAUUUUCGACAAUAUUCCCUUCCGACUCGGGCUACCAGAGAGUGCCACAUCCGGCCUUGAGAAAUUCGAAGGACCUGAUCCUGCUGAGUGGUGUCCCCGGGGCUAUGCAGUUGUCAACGUAGACAUCCGAGGUACCUGGGAUAGUGAAGGUGAUCUUUAUAUUGAAGGAAGUCAGAUGGGUCUGGACGGCUAUGACACUGUCGAAUUCGUCGCAGCUCAAUCUUGGUGCAAUGGUGCUGUCAGCAUGUGCGGCAAUUCCUGGCUGGCAACAGAGCAGUGGGCAACCGCCAUCGCGAAGCCCCCGUCGCUCAAGUGCAUCGCACCCUGGGAAGGAUUCACGGAUAAGUAUCGUGACUUAAUCUGCCGUGGUGGUGUUCCGAAAAACAAUUUCGCUUCGUUCAUCUUCAAUAAAACGAUUCGUGGCCGAAAUAACCGGGAGGACAUUGGCGAAGCGCUCAACAAAUGGGCUCUUUUCAAUGGUUACUGGGAGGACAAGGUCUACAACACCAGUGAUCUUACGCUACCGAUCUACGCCCUCGUUAGUUAUUCUUCGGGAAAUCAUGGGGCUGGUACCGUGAGGGGCUGGAACCAGGCCGCUUCAAAGGACAAAUGGAUCCGCUUCCAUCCGACCCAGGAGUGGUUUGAUCUUUACACCCCUAGGUAUAUCGAUGACCUACAACGGUUCUUCGAUCGGUACUUGAAGAACAUUGAAAAUGGUUGGGAGGAAACUCCCAAGGCUAGGGUCUCCAUUCUCACUUAUGGGAAUCGUUUUGAGCCUGGACCCAUGUGGGACGUGCCAUUUGCAGACUACCCUAUUCCGUCGUCCGAGUAUCGUGGGCUCUACUUGCAGGACUCUGGAAAGUUGGCCACUUCACUGCAAGCUCACGAGGGCUUUGUCGCCCAUCACGCGGACAGCUACCAAGCAAAGCCGUCUGAAUUUGUAUUGACCUUCAACAAAGCAACCAGUCUUGUUGGCCAUUCAAAAGCCGAGCUUUGGAUGUCUUGCAAGGAAAAGGACGACAUGGACGUCUAUGUGUCGAUCCGAAAGCUGAGCAAGGACGGCGAGGUGUUAGAACACGUCAAUGUCCCCUGGGAAUCUCUGCCAAAAGGGGUCAACACUCAACACGAUGUGCCCAUGGCACAGACUAUCAAGUAUACCGGUCCAACCGGUAUUCUCCGGGCUUCGCAUCGCGCCCAAGAUCUGGAACGGAGCACGGCCAUGAUUCCAUACCACCCCCAUGACAAGGAAGAUAAGGUACCUCCAGGAGAGAUUGUGAAGCUCGAAAUCUCUCUUUGGCCUAUGGGCAUUCACUUCGAAGCGGGGGAGAGUCUGCUGUUCCGAGUCCAAGGCUUCAUUGAUACGAGCUCCGAUUUCCCCAGCCACAUCGAUAAGAAACUCGACAAUCUGAACGAAGGACGGCAUACAAUUCAUUUUGGUGGAAAGUACGACUCGAAGAUCAUCGUUCCUGUUAUCGCCCUACCGACGUAA